AUGGGGGCAGUAGCUCAGCUUAUUAACAUUCAAGAUCCUCCUAUGAAUUCUAGAGUUUCUGAGAUUAUUCACAACGGGGCUUGGCACAUCGAGAUGAUGCAAUUUCCCGAAUACUUAGCUGAACAAAUUCUUUCUGUUGAUAUAAGGGAUCAGAACUCUAAAGAUUAUGCUAUUUGGACCCCUAAUAGCAACGGGAUUUUCUCAACGGCUAGUGUUUGGAGUUUAGCAAGACAAAGAAAAGAGAAGUCCCCUUUGUUGAAGAAAAUAUGGAACAAUUACAUACCAUUCAAAAUGUCCUUUUUGAUGUGGAAGUUGCUGAAGAACAAACUACCUUUUGAUGAUAUCCUUUACAAGUUUAAACAAAACUUGGCUUCUAAAUGCUUCUGUUGCAGAACCCCGCAGAGUGAGACAAUUCAACAUUCGUUUAUGGAUGGUGAUAUUGCUGUUUCAAUAUGGAAAUAUUUUGGCAGUCCUUUGGGUAUCAGCUGGGAAGACACUCAGAUCAGAAAUUUUCUUAAGAAAUGGUGGAGUCUCAAGCCAAAGAAUUCAAUUCACCAAAUUUUGCUACAAACCACUCCCAUGGUGGUUUGUUGGGAAAUUUGGAAAGCCAGAUGUGCUGAGAGGUAUGGCAACACUACAGUGUCUUUGAAGAGGAUUAAGUACCACAUUUUCUCUCAUUUAAAAUGGAUACUUUUUAAAGUGAAGAAAGACAAGAACUGGGGGACUGAUUGGUUUUUCAUCUGUGAUCAAAUUAUAAAUUUGGUCCCAAAAAUAGAAUGCACAAUGGUGAAGUGGGAAAAACCGAAAGGUCAUGGGUUUAAGCUCAAUACUGAUGGCAGCAAGAUGGGGAAUGGUCAAGUGGGGGCUGGAGGGAUUUGCAGAGAUGUUGAUGGAAAUAUUAUCAUGGCUUUUGCUUCUCGUUUGGGGAAUGAAAGUAGCAACACUGCAGAAGCAAAGGCUGCACUACAAGGACUAAAGUGGUGUUCACAAAAUGGUAUUCAUAACUUGAUCUUGGAAGGCGACUCGCAGUUGAUAAUUAACAUGCUAAAAGGCGUAUCUAUUCCCCCGUGGCAUUUGAAAGAAAUCAUCAUCGAAUCCCAAGGCCUUGCUCAAAGGAUCAACUGUCGUUUCCAACAUUGUUAUAGGGAGGCAAAUCAGGUAGCAGAUGCUUUGGCUAAGUGGAGUAUCAACCAUCAAGAUCACAAUUUUUUCACCCUCGGGGAAUUACCACAUAGUGCUAGAGGACCAUACAGAAUGGAUCAACUUCAAGUACCAUCGCUAAGACACAAACACAAGAAGCAUAAGAUUAAACUUAUUGAAGCCUAG